AUGAUCUUGUACGUAGCAGAUUCAUUUCGUGAACAACAACCAAUAUUUCUUCCGGAUCCAAUAGAAAUCUGUGAAACACAACCAUUGCCAUAUCGAGACGAAGAAAACGAAAUAAUAAAAGCCUUCGAUAAUAUCUUACCAAUUGACUAUCGCGAAUGGGAAAAUUCCAUUGUAUAUCAUUCGAAUGCCAUUACUCUCUUGAAAACAGAAGAAACAGGUUGGAUACCAACACGUGAAUGUCAAACACUAGCUACAUAUCAAAAAGAAAUACUAGGGCGUAAUGUUGAUUUUAUUGAAAAUAUUCGAUAUGAUGACCAUGAUCGUGCUAUGAAUUGGUAUUCAAUAUUUCCUUUUACUGAUGCCGUCAUAUUAAAAAAUUUAAUGGAUUACAAGAAUUUUCAAUUCGAUUUAAACCAUAAAGCAAAAUAUAUUAAUCCACAACAGGACCCCACGGUAACAGAAGUACCAAUGGAACCUCGUGUAACUGCUAUUCGCAAAGAAAAACUACCAACACAUUCAAAGAGUAAUUCUUUAAAAAGCAAUAAAGAACGUCGUUUACGUCGUACGCGCAAUGUUCUUGCUCGUGCAGGUUUGACUAGUAUUCUACCUGAUGUUCAUGAUGAGCAUCAACAUCAUUCUCAUGAUAAGAAUACAGAGGAUAUUAAAGUUAAACCUGUUAGUUUUUGGAAUUUAAGUAAUGAUUUUUAUUAUGACUUUAACAAUGAAGAAGAGACUCUAUCGAAACGACGAAUCAAUUCUUCACAAAAUCUUGACUUUAUAUUCUAUCCAAUAUUUCGUACAAUCAAUGAAUUACGUUAUUUUCAUCGUCCACUACUCACCUUACCAAACUAUCAUAAAUCUUGGUUGUGUAUUGAAUUAUCGAGUAUUGACAAUUCCAAGAAAUCGAUUCGAACUAAAUCCGAUUUAACAGCUCGAUAUGGUGAAAUACUUUUAUUUGAAUACAGUGAACAAUAUCCAGUACUACUAAAUGAAAUUGGAAUGUUUGGCAAGAUUCGAACCUACCUACGACCGCAAUAUUUUAAAGCUCAUACAACAGCAUUUGAAGUUGAUUAUGGUGAAUUAAUCUAUACGCAUGCAUCACCAUUUCUCUGGCCAAUACCGCGAGGUUUAAACAUUCAAACAAUGGAAAACAACAUGUUCAUUGCGCCAAUCUAUCGUCAAACGUCUUUAAGAAAUGAGUUUUUAAUUGUAUUUAACCGGAAAAACGGUUUUUCUAUUCGAAAUAUUGAUAAUAUUUUCAUUACCGGACAACAAUGUCCACUAAUGGAAGUUCCUAUACCACAAUCGAAACGUGUGAAUUUAUUUCAACGUGAUCUAUUACAAAUUUAUAUUUAUCGAUUGUUUCUACACAGUAAUGAAAUACCACGUCGAAUUCGUAUUGAUGAUAUCAAACGAGUAUUUCCACGUUUGGCUGAAUCAUCGAUUCGAAAACGAUUAAAGACAAGUGCAAAUUUUCGAAGAACUGACGACUGCAAUUCAUGGAUUUUGCGAGAUGAUUUUCGAUUACCAACAGAAGAUGAAAUAUGUGAAUUAAUAAAACCGGAAUUUUGCUGUGCAUAUGCAUCCAUGGCUGCAGCUGAACAACGUUUGAAGGAUGUUGGCUUUUGCGAGAAAUAUAAUAUGAGUUUUGAGGAUGAUGAACAAUCUAAUUACUCACCUGAACUUAACGAUGAAAUUUUACAAGCACCUUGGAAUACAACACGUGCAUAUCUUGGUGCAAUAAGAGGCAAAUAUUUGAUGCAAGUGUUUGGUAUCGGAGCUAAGACAAUACAUAAAACUAAAAUAAACAAUGAUUUAAAACAUCUACGUCGAGCUGUAACAGGUACAGACGCAGAUCUUCGCCGUUUACAAUUGAAAGAUGCAAGAAAAUUACUACUCAAAUUCAAUAUAUCUGAAAAAGUUAUUCAAUCGUUAACUCGCUGGGAAAUAGUCGAUUUAGUUAGAACAUUAUCUACACAACAAGCAAAAGAAGGCAUUGGCGGCGGAAUGGUUAAAUUUGCUCGUGGUGUCAAACAUUUGCAAGCUCAACAAUUUGAAAGUUAUAAAGAUAAUUGCCUGAGACAAUUCGAAUAUCAAAAUCGUCUUUUCACGUCUAAAGAUGAAGAAACAACCGACGAAGAUUCAUCAGACGAAUCCGAUGAAAAUACUCAACUACUUGAUGAAAUGAGUCAAACAUUAGAAAAUCUCUUACGACAAAAUAAAACCAUGAAUACGCCAACAUCGCUUUCAAACGAACGUCCAAAAAUGUUGCAUCUUAUUCGAACCUAUGUCGAUAAUCAAGGUCAAUCUUACCAGCGCGAAGAAUUUGUUCGUAAUAAUGAUUCACUCAUUCAAGCAUACAUUAAAAUUCGUCAAAGCAAAAGCGACCAAUUUAUUAAAGCUUAUUAUACAUUGGAUGAAACUGAACGUGAAACAUUAAAACGAGAACGUCGUCGUCUUCAAGAGCAACUUCGUCGAGUCAAACGAAAUGAAGCACGUUACAAUCAAUAUGAAAAGCAACAAAUAUUAUUACAAAUACAACAACAAAAUCUAGCAUUAAUUCAAUCAUCUGAAGCGUCCAAAUUAGCACGAUUACCAUCAUCAUCUUCGACUAAUUUAAAACAUUCGAAUAGUAUUCUUUCUAAUUUACAACUAAGUACGAGUGAAGACGAUGAUCAAUCUUCCUCAUCAGUAUCUUGA